UUUUUCAUCUUCCACAGCUUGCUGAAGAUAAGGUGUUGGACGCAACAAUGGGGAGGAAACGUCAGUUGCGACUUGUUUACGUUGGGCAAGGAUCAUCACAGUCACGACAACGGGUGGAGGCAGCUGAUGAGGAACCCCACAUUUCUGAGGAUGCAAGACCGGUGGCAACACCGGUGGCAAGUGACGAUGAUGAGACACUAGCUCCAGAUACAGAUGAUUAUGUUCAAACCCAAACACCGGUACAAAAUCCAGCACCGGAACAUAAUCGAGCAUCAGAAAAUAGGCCUGGAAAACGUGGGAAAACAAGGUUGGCUGACAUAUGGGCAAUGACUGGUGAGUACAAAAUUCAGUUGCCGUUAAAUGAUGAAGGCCAACCGAUUGGCGAUGACGGGGAAUUGUUCGUUCGAUGGUUGGGCUCGUUUUGCGAGAAUGGCCUAUUAUGCCCGCUUACGCCUGCUGGGUGGCCACGUGUCCCUAAAAAGUUUAAAAAUGAUUGUUGGAUGGAGAUUAAGCAACGGUAUAUAAUUGAUCCCACUAUUGUCGAACCACCCAAUCAAAUGGGAUGGGCAAUGAGUCAGCUAGGAGAACUAAGGAGGAAUCGCAGGACCAAGUUGAAGAAGGAUCACAAAAAACCUGGGCUGUCACGUGAACAAGUAUUGGCUAUUGAACCGCCUGGGGUUAUCCCAGCACAGUGGAAGGAGAUGGUUGAUUAUUGGUUCAAUGAAAAAACUGAGACAUUAAGUCUCAAAAACAAGGCGAGUCGAGACAAGCAAAAAGACAUAGCAAGAUGUGGGGCAAAAAGUUUUGCUCAAAUUUCUGCUGAAAUGGAAUAA